AAAAAAGCACCGUUCACACAGAUAUUCACUUCCACCAUUAUAAAAUGACAUACAAUGUUGUUGGGUUUUCCAAUAUAUAUAUAUAUAUAUAUGUAUAUGUGUAGAUUGUGAAGGUUAUAGAAAUGGCGACUUUAGGGUUUAAGCAUUUGGUGGUUGUGAAGUUCAAGGAAGAAGCUAGGGUGGAUGAGAUCUUGAAGGGCUUAGAGAAGCUUGUUUCUGAAAUUGAUGAUGUCAAAUCUUUUGAAUGGGGAGAAGACAUAGAGAGCCAUGAGAUGCUGAGACAAGGUUUCACUCAUGCGUUCUCAAUGACCUUUGAGAACAAAGAAGCCUACGUUUCCUUCACAAGCCACCCUCUUCAUGUCGACUUCUCCGCCGCCUUUACUGCAGCCAUUGAUAAGAUCGUCCUCCUGGAUUUCCCCGUUGUCAUGGUGAAGCCAUCAUCAUCCUGAUCAUCGUCAUCAUCAAACACAUCAUAUAUAUGUCUCUUUCUAUAUAUGUAUUGAGCACACGCUAUACAUCAUGACCUACUUAAUUAGAGUUUGGAGUUUGCUGGGUUUAUGUAACCGGUUCGGUAUGGUUUGGUUUCCCAAUUAUAACAAGAACCGGUUUAGUUUGGGGUGUGGUUGUGGUUAUUUGAUUAGCAGUGAAAAUGUAAAAGAAGUGUUUUUGUGGUUUGACCGUUUGGGGCUCAUUGAUUACUUGUAUGAAUGUGUACCCUCUUUAGUUAAAUGAAAAUCUACGGUAGAUUUAUCUU